CAGCUUGUUACGUCAAGGCAAAGUUUUUUUGACGUUGCCCGAUUGUGUCGUCUGAAGCAAAUAUUUUGGCUAAUUGAAUUACACUCGAUCGUCAUCCGGUAACUUAGAGAAAUGUUUGGCGUUAAUAACUCUUCCGAUUCGAGAAGAUCCGACAAAAUUCACCGUUACAAGGCAUCGGCUUUCAACCAGAAUCAAAAUGGAGAAGACUUGACUCCCGAUUAUAUGAAUGUGUUGGGUAUGGUUUUCAGCAUGUGCGGGUUGAUGAUGAGAUUGAAAUGGUGUGCCUGGGCUGCUCUGUACUGCUCUUGCAUUAGUUUUGCCAGUUCCAAAAUCAAUGACGACACCAAACAGAUCCUCAGCAGCUUCAUGCUUUCCAUUUCUGCUGUUGUCAUGUCUUAUCUUCAAAACCCAACUCCUAUGGUCUUACCCUGGUCAAGUGUUUGAAGAUCAUCAUCACUUUAACAAA